AUGGGUGCAUGUUUUAGCGGCGAAGCCGCGGGGGACGUGGAGCAGAAGAAGAAGAGCCAGUCGAUCGACCGGAAGCUUGAGGAGGAUUCCAGGCGAUUACGUAGGGAGUGCAAGAUUCUCCUACUGGGGUCCGGCGAAAGUGGAAAGUCGACAAUUGUCAAGCAGAUGAAAAUUAUCCACCAGAACGGCUACACCGUGGAGGAGCUGGCCCUGUAUCGCUUGACCGUCUACAAGAACCUUCUAGAUUGCGCCAAAGCGCUCAUCGAGGGAUACCGUCUUUUUAACCUUGAACCGUCGAGCCAAAAGGUCCAAGACUAUCUCACUUUCCUGGACGAAUACCAUGUCGAUCCCGAUCCCAAUAUGCCGUUGGAUGCUAAGGUGGGAGAUGCGGUGGCUUAUUUAUGGAACGACCCUUGCACAUCAACGGUUUUGGAACGCCAGAAUGAGUUUUAUCUGAUGGACUCGGCACCAUACUUUUUCGACGAAGCCAAGCGAAUAACGUCGCCGGACUAUAUCCCAAAUGUUUCAGACGUGCUUCGAGCAAGAACCAAGACCACUGGUAUCUACGAGACACGCUUUACAAUGGGUCAAUUAAGCAUACACAUGUUCGAUGUGGGUGGCCAGCGCAGCGAGCGCAAGAAAUGGAUACACUGCUUCGAGAAUGUAACAUCCAUCAUCUUCUGUGUCGCCUUGAGUGAAUAUGACCAGAUGCUGCUGGAAGAAAGCAAUCAGAAUCGCAUGAUGGAGAGCUUGGUUCUCUUUGAUUCAGUGGUCAAUUCCCGAUGGUUCAUGCGGACAAGUAUCAUUCUUUUCCUGAAUAAGGUCGAUCUAUUCCGGCAAAAGCUUCCUCGGUCUCCCCUUGUGAACUAUUUCCCCGACUACUCUGGUGGAAAUGAUGUGAAUCGUGCGGCCAAGUAUCUUCUUUGGCGGUUCAACCAAGUGAAUCGAGCACACCUCAACCUCUAUCCACACCUCACCCAAGCAACCGAUACCACCAACAUUCGACUUGUAUUUGCGGCUGUCAAGGAAACCAUCCUACAAAAUGCUCUGAAAGAUUCAGGCAUUCUAUAA